AAGUUUCUGUUUUGUAUGCCUGCAGCCGAAACAGUAUCCAGUUCCCAUCCCAUGACUUGUAUCAUAACAGUAGGGAAUGGGGGUGGUCAGCUUGAUUACAGCUAAACAGAGACAGGACAGACAUCUUACCACAAUGCCAGACGGACUUAUUACAAGCAGGCCGUUGCAGAAUGAGGUGACAGGCAUAGAUCUGCAGGUGCCUCUUUACCAGGAGAUCCGUGGUACCAUGAUGACAGGUCAUGUGGAGUACCAGAUAAUUGUGGUGACUCGGCUGGCUGCCUUCAAAUCUGCCAAGCACAAACCUGAAGACAUUGUACAGCUGGUGGUUUCAAAGAAAUACAGUGAAAUUGAUGAGUUUUACUACAGACUCAUGGGUCAAUAUCCGAAGAUCAACUUACCAGCCAUGCCUCGCAAGGCCCUGUUUGUAGGCGAGGCAGACAUCCGGGAGCGUAGGGUGGCCUUUGACGAACUGGUCAAGUUCAUCUCCAAGAAUUCUACACUUGCUACUUGCCCAGAGGUGUUGGAGCUCUUAGGGGCGAAGUCCACAAUGGCAGAUUCGAAAACCAGGAACGUUGCAGAUUGGCAGGACCAGGAUAAAGAAGAAGGCUAUAAUUUCUUUGAAAGUGAGGAGACCGCUGCUGCUGCGAAAGUAACCAAACAUGUUCCACCAGUGAAACCUAGGGAAGAGGAGCAGGAACAUGACGAUGAUGAUCAGUACCUUGGACCUCUAGGCAAUUUAAAGUGCACGAGGCAGAAGAAGAAAAAGCCUCCACAGGCUAAAGUGGCUACCCAACCUAAGUUAUCUCUGUUUGAUGAGGCUGAGGAUAUAGAUGACGACUUGUUUCAACCUGCAGCCAAAGACAGCAACGUUAAGCUGUUUAAGGAGCCAGACUUGAUGUGGAAAGUGAAGUUGGGUGACCCUUUACUACUUCCAACAGCAUACAAGGAUGUGGCAUCUGCAGAUUCAGGACUGGAUGAGGAUACAGAUGAACUUUUCAGGAUAGAAGACAACUUUGACAAGCUCCUCCAGGUGAAGAAAUGUAUCAAGGCAAGGCCAGUUCCUGCCCCCAAACCCAAACUGGCCCCAAAGCCAAAACUGCCUGUGAAGCCCUCCUCUCUAGUCUCAGGUGGUAGGGGCCCAGUUGUGGGUGUUCUUCCAGUUGCAAAUGAGGUGAAGGAUCAAAUCGACAUUCUCAAGUAUAUCCAACAAAAUGAGUCUACAUCUAUUGAUGAUCUGGAUCUGUUUUAAUUGCCAACUAAAUGAUAGUAACUGAUUAGGACUCAUGAAGUUGUUAGCAGGCUACACAGGAAAAUAACAGCCUAAAACUAUGCCAAUGAUUAUAUUUUGACAUUACCCAGGAUUAUUCCAUCAAGGAUGACUUUUGGAAGUCUGAUUCUAAUAAAAAGUCUACUGAACAUGUAUAGUUACAAUCAGUGCUGGAAAUGGGCCUGUGUGGUGUUAUUUAUUUUUACCCAUAUUGCUUUCCUACUUUUUAUACUGAAAAUACUGUAUACAUUACCAUGAUUGAGUGGCUCCAAAUGCAAUGACUUCACAAAGAAAUCUAACUCAUUUUUGUAAUACCUGCACAGUAAUUUUGGAUUUAUCAUACUAAAUGUCUUGUCGGAACAUAUUAAUGUAAAAAAAUAAUUAAACAACAAAUUCUCUUUUCUUUUUUUUUCACCAAAUAAAGUCUACAAUUUUACAAAA